UGAGGGAAUAUAUGUCAAAAAGUAUGCUUUUCUCAGAGGACACUACCGCAAGGCUUUGCAUGGUGUCCAAGGCACUCACUAAUAUUUGAGUUUUAUUUUUUUAUUUAUUUCACGCGUGCAGUUUUUUGCAGUUUAAUUUCUCAGAAGUUUUUUUUGCGAAUUUUAUUGCAGCGUUGAGAGCGAUAAAGGGGUUAAAGAGAGUAAAGCGGGGAAAGUGAAUCAGUAUGGAAGAAAAUGAUCACGGCAACAGAGACGUGGUGGAGCGGCAGGAGUCGGCGGAUGAAUCAAAUAGAGCCAUCCUUCCCCUGUUACAGGCGCCGGGGAACCUGCAGAUCCCUCACCGGGUCACCAAUUUCUUCAUCGAUAACAUCCUGCGGCCGGAUUUCGGACGGAAAAAGGACGGGAGCGCAAACCGAGAAGAGAACAGCGUGGCAUCGCGGGAGAGCCACAACAGCCCCGACGCCCCUCAGACCGAGCCGGUGGGGAACACGGUGCCGGCGGAGGGGACCUCCACUCCACACACGGUUACCGGGACCAAGAAGCCCGCUAUAGCCGCCGAGGAGCCCCUGAAACCCCGCGGGGAGAGCGGAGACCAGUGCCUAAGCUCAGACUCAGACAGUUCCCAAGCCAGCUCAAACCCAUCCCAGCCUCAGCCCAUGCUGUGGCCAGCCUGGGUCUACUGCACCAGAUACUCGGACAGGCCUUCUUCAGGGCCAAGAUCUCGCAAACCAAAGAAGAAAACGACCAGCAAAGAGGACAAGCGACCACGGACGGCCUUCACAGCAGAGCAGCUGCAAAGACUAAAAUCGGAGUUUCAGACAAAUCGGUAUCUGAGGCAGAGGCGGCAGAACCUGGCGCAGGAGCUGGGCCUGAACGAGUCCCAGAUCAAGAUCUGGUUUCAGAACAAGAGGGCCAAAAUCAAGAAGGCCACCGGCGCUAAAAACUCUCUAGCCUUGCACCUGAUGGCACAAGGACUGUACAAUCACGCCACAGUCUCGUCGAAAGACGAAAAAUCAGACAGCGAUUGAUUUCCAGAGCAGCAGCCUCCUGACGAAAAAGAACCUAUAGUAAUCUGAUAGAUUUUUAUAGAGAUAUCACCGCAAAACUACAGGAAUAUUUAAAGAUACCACAGCAGAUAAAAGUUCUAUUACUAUCACUAUAAUGCUG